AUGAGAUUAUUUAAUUCGACUACGAUUCGAUUAUUUCAUAGAACUUUUACACAAAAUAUAGUUCCACCAAACGCAAUUACCAAAUUACACAAAAUGUCUACUGUUGGAAAACCAAUUAACUGUAAAGCUGCUGUUUCCUAUAAACCUAAUGCUCCUCUAGUCUUAGACACUAUCACUGUUGAUCCUCCAAAGUCUCAUGAAGUUCGUAUCAAGAUCAUUAAUACCGCUAUUUGUCACACUGAUGCCUACACCCUAUCAGGUAAGGAUGCGGAAGGUUUAUUCCCUUGUGUCUUAGGUCAUGAAGGUGCUGGUAUUGUCGAAUCUGUCGGUGAAGGUGUUACUUCUGUUAAAGUUGGUGAUCAUGUCAUUCCAUUGUAUACUGCUGAAUGUGGUGUUUGUAAAUUUUGUAAAUCUGGUAAAACUAACCUUUGUGGUUCUGUUCGUGCAACUCAAGGUAAAGGUGUAAUGCCAGAUGGUACUUCUCGUUUCCAUGAUUCUAAAGGUCAAUCCUUAUAUCAUUUUAUGGGUUGUUCUACUUUCUCAGAAUAUACCGUGGUUGCAGAUGUCUCAGUUGUUGCCAUUGAUCAAACUGCUCCAUUAGAAUCCGUUUGUCUUUUAGGUUGUGGUGUUACUACAGGUUAUGGUGCUGCUAUUAAGACCGCCAAUGUUCAAAAAGGCGAUACAGUAGCUGUCUUUGGUGCGGGCACUGUAGGUCUUUCUGUAGUACAAGGGGCUCACUCUAGAGGUGCAUCUCGUAUUAUUAUUGUUGAUAUUAAUGAUAACAAGGAAACCGUUUCUCGCGAAUUCGGUGCUACCGACUUCAUAAAUCCAACAAAGUUAUCCGAGGGACAAACUAUUGUGGAUAAACUAGUUGAAAUGACUGAUGGUGGUUUAGAUUUUACCUUUGAUUGUACUGGUAACGUUGAUGUCAUGCGUAGUGCUCUAGAGGCUUGUCAUAAAGGUUGGGGUCAAUCUGUGAUCAUUGGUGUUGCAGAUGCAGGUAAAGAAAUAUCAACUAGACCAUUCCAAUUAGUUACUGGUAGAGUCUGGAAGGGUUCUGCUUUCGGUGGUAUUAAAGGUAGAUCCGAAAUGGGUGGUUUGAUUAAAGAUUACCAAGAAAAGAAACUAAAGGUUGAUGAAUUUAUUACCGCUAGAAGACCUUUCAGUGAAAUUAAUGAAGGUUUUGAAGAUUUACACAAUGGUACUUGUCUAAGAACUGUAUUAAAAUUUUAA